AUGGAGAGACCUAAAUGGGACAUUGUAAGAAAGGGGAUAGAGUCAAACAGGAAGGAUGUUCUCACCAUUUUCAUCACUGACUUCACAGAUAAAUGGUGUGCUAGAGACCUUUUCAUAGAGUUCAAGGAGAUGGGAGUGAUUCAAGAAAUUUUUAUACCUCUAAAAAGGGAUUGGCGCGGUCAAAGAUUUGGGUUCGUUAGAUUCGUAAAUGUAGCAGAUGAGAAGUACUUGGAGACAAAAAUGGAUAAUGUUUGGCUUGAUGGCACUAAGCUUAGUGCCAACAUUUCAAGGAUUAAAAGGAAAGAUUUGAGAAACAACAACAAUCCUGCUAAUCCUAAGAAACAAGAGAUGAAUAUAUUACCUAAAAGGGUCAGUUUCUCUGCUAACGCUGACAGAAACACCACAAUGGCUACUAAGGUUGGGGGAGGUGAGGGUUCUUCGAAGUCUUUCGCAGACAUCAUCAAAGGAAAUUUUGAGUCGAAACCUGUGGAGGAAUAUACAGCCAGUCAAUCCUUAUUCUUCAUUUCUAAUGAAUCAGAGAUGUUGAGAUUCAACAAAGCAAAGGUUGGAGUAACCAGAAGAGUAGGAGAUGCUUACGCAGUGGCAAACAGCUUAUUGGAGGAAGGGAUCUUUACCAUGUCGGCAACAGCUCUAGGUCCAAGCUUAUGUCUGCUAGAGGAGAUUGCGGAAGGAGAGCUUGAAACGUUGAUUCUUGAAGGGAAAGAUUGGUUGGACUUCUGGUUUGAAGAAGUUCAUAGAUGGAAGAAAUCAGAUGUUGAAUAUGCUAGAGUUGCUUCGGUGGCCAUCUAUGGCGUUCCAUGUUUUUCCAGAAACAAAAGAUUCUUGAACACCCUGUUAGCAGAUUAUCGGAAGAUGAUGAAUCCUUAA